GCGGAGGUGGAGCAAAGUCAUCAAGUACAGUGUAGCUACGGGGUGGCAUCCCCCCCGCUCCCCCCCCGGCUCCCCCCCUCUACCCCCCAGCUGCUACCGUAGCUCGCUGGGUCUUCCGAACCUACCAGUAGUCCCGUGGGUAAUGCCGGGGAUACCGGAGGGACCACGGGGACAGUUGGGACGCAUGGGAAACUUGGGCCCCGUGAGGCACGUGCGAACUGCCCUGGAAGAACCGGCGGGAAAGGACAAGAAACUUCCGCGGCAAGCCAAGAGCGCGGGAAACGGAAAGAGCACGAGCGGCAGCGGCGAGGGGACCAAAUGCGCGGGAAAGAGGAAGAGCACGAGCGGCAGCGGCGAGGGGACCAAAAGCGCGGGAAAGAGAAAGAGCACGAGCGGCAGCGGCGAGGGGACCAAAWGCGCGGGAAASAGRAAGAGCACGAGCGGCAGCGGCGAGGGGACCAAAAGCGCGGGAAAGAGGAAGAGCACGAGCGGCAGCGGCGAGGGGACCAAAAGCGCGGGAAACAGAAAGAGCACGAGCGGCAGCGGCGAGGGGACCAAAAGCGCGGGAAACAGAAAGAGCACGAGCGGCGGCGGCGAGAGGAGCAAAGGUCAGCUUUCGUGUCCACGUCUUAGCAGCACAGACGUACAAAACGGCGACAGCGCGGGAAAGGGGAUUAGCGCGGGAAGCAAGCUAGUUCUUAUAGCGGCGGGAAAGGGGACUGACGCGGGAAGCAAACGAGUUCUUGUGGCGGGAAAGGGGAUUAGCGCGGGAAGCAAGCGUGAUCUGCCGCGCACCACAACAACCGCAAUCAGAGAUGCGCAGGGGAGCAUAGAGGAGCAGCAGCGACACACACACAGCCGCGCAGCGGAGGCGGCAGUCGAGCGAGCGGGAUUGCAGGAGAAGGAGAAGGGGGAGGAGGAGGGGAAGGGGAGGGGAAAGGAGACGACGACGACGACGAAGAAGAAGAAGACGACGACGAUAUCGAGAAAUCUGUCCUCGGGAUCGGAAAAUCCGUUGACGUCAUCGCAAACUCCAUCGGUCGAAGCUUUCGAGAAGUAUCUCGACGAUAUCGAGAAAUCUGUCCUCGGGAUCGGACAAUCCAUUGACGUCAUCGGAAACUCCAUCGGCGCGUUCACGCGGUCCGUCGAAGCCUUCGGAAACUCCGUCGACGUCAUCGAUAAAACGGUUGACGUCAUCGGUAACUCGAUCCGCAACGCGGGACGAAGGAGGAAGGCAGGGAGCUUGAGGUGUCAGUCGAAGCUUGUGGCUAUGGCGGACACAUCUGUACCAUUACAGGGGGGUGGGGAAGUGGCACAAAAAGUUGUGCCGCGGAUUUUGAAAUUGUAUCGUAUGCAAGGGACUCCUGAGGAUUUCGACAUUUACACAGAUGAUGGUGUGUUUGAAGAUCCGUUGACACGUGCUGUGGGACGAGAAGAGAUCAAGUCUGCAUUCUUUUCGUUGCCCAAGCUUUUCAGCGAGUCAACGACUGUGAAAGCCAAGGCCCGUGAGGAAGAGGCAGCACCCGGAGUAGUAGAGGUUCAAAAUGGCAAAGUGUUGCGGCAUGAAGACAGGUGGUUUCAUACGCUGCUUUUGAACAGAGAGACGUUGACCUUCAUUCCGUUCCUUGGCCUUGGGCUGGAAGUGUUCCGAAGGCUAAACAUGGUUGGUGUGCAUGUGCUGAUGACGCUCUUGAGGGAAGACUGAGACUGAGACAGGCCAGUGUGUGCACAUUACAUUACAGGUGAUCACGUGCAGAGUCCCAUUGGUUACAGCUGACUCUGCACCUGCUCAGGACGACUUAUGGCCAGAUGGAGGAGAGGAGAAGGACGAGGGAGUAAUCCCCCCUCUUCCCCCCCCCCCCUUUCCCCGGCAACGAUUUUCACGUGGGAUUCGAACCACUGACCGGCUGGAAAAUACCAGUAAACCCAGUUUGUCAGUGGAUUCGAAGCACUGACCGGACCAGCUGGAGAAUACCAGUAAAGCCAGAUGGGCCUGGAAACUACAGUAAACCCAGACGGGAGUUGGAUUCGAACCACUGACGGGCUGGAGAACACACAGUAAACCCAGAGUGGAAGGGGGUUCGAACCACUGACCAGCUGGAGAAGGCAGUAAAACCCAGAUUGGAAGUGGAUUUGUACCACUGACGGGCUGGAGAAGGCAGUAAGGGGGUUCGAACCACUGACCGGCUGGAAAAUACAGUAAACCCACAGUAAAUCCAGAUUGGAAGGGGGGGGGUUCGAACAACUGACCGGCUGGAAAAGGCAGUAAAACCCAGAUGGGCUGUAGAGUGUUGUGAAGCCAGACAGGUUGGAGGGUGGUGGAGUAAAGCCAGCUGGGUUGGCUUUACUCAGGUUACUGAUAACAGCGCAAUGUGAAACGGUGAGUUGGCAGCUGUACAAUGUCCAUAGUGCGCGUGGUUAGUGUGUGUCUUUUUUUUUUCUUCUUUUUUCUUUUUUUCCCGGUAGGAUUUGAUAGUGCAUGUGCUUCUGGUGGUCGUGGACAUUGCUUCUCCUCUUUUUUCGUUGGCAUUCCUGCUGGUUGCAUCGAGAUAGCGGUUGUGUCAGCUUUUAGCUUUUCUGUCGACCAAGAUCUUCACCCACGUCAGCCAAUAUGCACUGCUUAUGUAAAGCACAGUGAACAAUGUGGAAAUUUCAAAUUGGUGGAAAAGUUUCAAAUCUCCAGGAUGUACUAUGUGGAAACACUGGAAAGUACACUGUACACUGUACUAUGUAGAGUAUCUCGAAAAUGUCGUUCUUUUGUAAAAUCGCCUAUCGUGUUUGCACGUGAAUUAUUCUGAACAUGGCAUUUUUUCAGUCCAGAUGUAAUGAAUCCAAUGAUAUAACGACCAGGCGGUUCUGUCAGAGUGACGACGGUAGGGUUCACCAAAGGAGAGGAUGAGAGAGGUUUUUAACUUUGCGCACAUAGGUGGGAGUCUUCGUGAAGGGGAGGGGUUGGAAUACGCGAAGCAAUAUAUACCUUUUUCGAUUUUCUGCUGUUUGCAAGGGCAGCACGUUAGUUUGGUGUUCGGUCUCUCUCUCUCUCUCUCUCUCUCUCUCUCUCUCUCUCUCUCUCUCUCUCUCUCUCUGCUUCUUCUUUGGAAAUUCCUUCUUUCACAGUUUUUGGUAAAGCUUCGAUAAAUUCUUUUGCUUCUU